GUGCAAUUGCUGGAGAGGCAAGUCCGGAGUCAGCCUGGCAAGAAAAGGUGGGAAACAUUUAGGGAAGUUUUUAAUGUUUAAUAAUAAUAAUAAUAAUAUUUUUUUAUUUAUACCCCGCCCUUCCCGUUUCAGAAAACCAGGCUCAGGGCGGCUAACAACAAGUUUAAAACACAUAAUUGAUGCAACAAAAAACAGCACAAAAUACAAUAUAAAAAGUGAAUAACAAUAAGUUCAGAAUUCAAAAAUCAAUUUAGGGGGAAAUGUUUUAUUCUGUUUUUAAUCUGUUGGGAGCCGCCCAGAGUGGCUGGGGAAACCCAGCCGGAUGGGCGGCAUAUUAUUAUUAUUAUUAUUAUUAUUAUUAUUAUUAAUUACAACUACAACAAUUACCACCCCUGCCAGGUAAAGAGGAGGCGGCUGGGAUGGCUCAGCAGUGCCCUCUAGUGUCCCACCUGUGCAACUUCCAGGAAAGGCGCUUGUCGGCCAAAGUAGAGAGAAUUGGGAAAAAGGGGGAGAGCACGCGACGGUCCAGCAGCUUUUCUGGGCUCUGUUUGGCUGCUGCUCAUAGGAAAGAUAGCUUUUUAAAAAUAGCUUUUUAUUAUGAUUAUUAAACUGUUAUUCUUAACCACUUCGAAGUCAGUGACAGGGUUCUGCACCAUACCAAAUACCAAGCAAAAAGGUAAUACAGUGGUACCUCUGGUUAAGAACUUAAUUCGUUCUGGAGGUCCAUUCUUAACCUGAAACUGUUCUUAACCUGAGGUACCACUUUAGCCUAUGGGGCCUCCUGCUGCCGCCGUGUGGCCGACACACAAUUUUUGUUCUCAUCCUGAAGCAAAGUUCUUAAUCCAAGGUACUACCAUAUUUCUGGGUUAGCGGAGUCUGUAACCUGAAGCGUCUGUAAGCUGAAGUACCACUGUAAAUAACAAGAAAAGGAAAAGACGAGCCACGAGUAUAAAUCAAAACAUCUCGGUUCGAAGUGUAAGAAAUCCCACCAGAUGACAUAGCAACGUUCUGGAUCCUCCAUCACCCUAGAAAAACACAGUUUAUUUGUAUCCCCCCUCCCCCAAACAAUAGCCAAAAUCCACAAGUUCUUUUUCCACACAGCCAAAAGCAGAUAAGGAAGAAAAAACCUGCAGGGCUGAGCUCCAAUGCAUAAACAUGCCCUGAGUGCACUCUUGCAAUGAUGUCAAAGAUAGCCUCCGCCUUGCUAGGAAACUAAGCCCUCAAAAGAAAGAAGUGCUUUCUGAAGCUCCUUUCCCACCCAGGCUUGGUGAAGGCUUUCCCUUGGAGGAAGCCCUUCAGAGCCUCAUGCCCCGCUCCACCCCAGAGGUAAUAUAAUAAUAAUAAUAAUAAAUUUUAUUUAUAUCCCGCCCUCCCCAGCCGAAGCCGGGCUCAGGGCGGCUAACAACAAUAAAACAGUACAAAAGUACAGCAUAAACAACAGUCUAAAAUCAUUCGUUAUAAAAUUAAUUAAUUCAAGCCACUGGCAACCAUUGGGCCAGAGCUCCGCGAAGAUUGCCGAGGGAGGGAGUCAGGCUGUGCCCUGGCCAAAGGCCUGGUGGAACAGCUCUGUCUUGCAGGCCCUGCGGAAAGAUGUCGAGUCCCGCAGGGCCCUGGUCUCUUGUGACAGAGUGUUCCACCAGAUCGGAGCCACAGCCGAAAAAGCCCUGGCUCUAGUUGAGGCCAGCCUAACUUCUCUGGGGCCUGGGACCUUCAAGAUGUUUUUAUUCGAAGACCGUAAGUUUCUCUGUGGGGCAUUUUGCCUCAGGUGCUGAAACAAUGGGCCUCUCCUUCUUCGGUGUUAGGUGCACCUGCUCCAUAAACUCAGGGUUGUCGUGUUGGCAUCCACCUGUCUCAGGAGACAAUGGUGUGCUUUCAUGUGAGGUCAGGCUGUUGCAUGGUUGCAGUGCUUGCUGUGGCUGUAGAGACUGACACAGGACAGACAUGUUUUGUUGCAGCUGGGGCAGAUGAGGGUGGUGUUUCUGCUCUCUGUGUUCCUCCCAGCAGUCAUUCCUCCUCUGGUCAUUGCUAGGGAUACUUCUUCUUUGGCAAUCCCUCGUAGCCGAGUUAGAUUGUCUUCCAUAAAUACGGUUUUAACAAUGAGUCCGUAAGUGACUGUGGAGGCCAAUUCUGGAUCCAGACGUCCUUCCACAGCGGGGACAUAGGUUUUCGGGCGGGAGUUGAUCACGGUGUGGAUUUGCCGAGCGUGCCUUCCUCUUAGCACAUUUCUCCCUUGCAUCCUGAGUUGCAGUGUCUUCGAAGCCCAUGACACCUUUGGUAAAGGCUGUUCUCCAACUGGAGGACUCUCAGGCCAGGGUUUCCCAAUUGCUGGUGUUUAUACUACAUUUUUAAGGAUUUGCCUUGAGGGAGUCUUUAAACCUCUUUUGUUGACCACCAGAAUUACGCUUUCCAUUUUUAAGUUCGGAAUAGAGUAGUUGCUUUGGAAGACGAUAAUCAGGCAACCGUACAACAUGACCAGUCCAACAAAGCUGAUGUUGAAGAAUCAUUGCACAACCUGCCUGUCCCCAGGCCCUGCGGUUGUCUGCAACCCACACAACUGCGUUGAUGUUGCUGGCCUUCAUGUCUGUUUGCACACAUCUUCGUAACGCAAAGUUGGUCUGCCAAUGGGAUUGGUGCCUGAAGCCAGCUUCUCAUAGAGCAUAUCCUUGGGGAUCCUGCCAUCUUCCACCCGCCCCAAAUAACCCCACAUGCACUAUUUUAUUUAGAUCUACUUGUUUUGGGAGAAAUCUGUAAGGUUAAAAUAACCUGGAAAAAACACGAGGCUUUUACAAAUGAAGCUUCUGACUGGAAACUUUGGAAGUGAGCUGGAGACCAGGAGUUCCUCGCAACAUGCUUGGUGACAGAGGACCUGCCUUGCUCUGAGACCCCCAGGCAUAAGGAGGUAUAUUAAAUCAAUCAAUCAGUCAGUCAGUCAAUCAAUAGCAUGCAGGAGGCCCCAUUUUCAAUCUCCAAUGGCAUCUCCCUGCAGGGCUGUGUGAGAUCACUACCUGGAAUCCUGGAGAGCCACUGCCAGCGGUCAGAUUCAGUAUAAGGCAGCUCCCUUUAUUCCUUCCUGGUUAACCCUUUAUGCCUUUCCUUGUGUGUUGAGUUGCCCAGCAUCACACACCCCAUUUCCUUUUACCAAGCCAGCUUCAAAGCAGGGAGGAGCUCUGUGCUGCUAAAGAAAAAGAUAAAAGGAGAGGGUUUGUGUGUCUGCUCUGUCCUCCUGUUCCCUUUUUACAUGCCUACACUACAAAGACAAAGGAAUAAUUCCUGUUCCAUGCUUAACCUGGUUACACGCCCAUUGUACUCUACCCAACAACAGCAACCCAGAUGAGGUAUCAUGGCUGCAAAACCCCUUCGCAGCUGGAUUGACAUGCCGUAGCUAUUUGAUGCAAUAUAUACUGUGUCUAUAGGCACAGGGAGGGGGGGGGAAUCUUCCCCCAGAUGCCUCCCCUAGCCCUGAAUUGGCUAAAAAGGGAAGAGUUGGCCAACAAGAAAAACUGUAUUCUGGCAAAUUUCCUGUGGCAUAAGCCAGUCAUUGCCAGCCUGGUGUCCUCUCUAUGUUUUGGGCUACCCAGUUUAGCAUACGCUCUCAUAACACUGGGCUGCUGCUCACUUUGUCAGAGACCUACAGUGAAAUCUUGGUUGGAACAGUUAUGUAAUAGGGAAGAGCUCUUUGUCUGCACUGGCUCCCAGUGGAGUACAGGGUCAGGUUUAUGAUGCUGGUUUUGACCUUUAAAGCCCUAUGCGACCUAGGACCCACGUACCUACAGGACCACCUCUCUUGGUAUGCCCCGCGGAGGACCUUAAGGUCCACAAAUGACAACAUUUUGGAGGUCCCAAGUCGCAAGGUGGUUAGAUUGGCCUCAACUAGGGCCAGUACCUUUUCAGUACUGGCCCCGACUUGGUGGGACUCUCUGUCACAAGAGACUAGGGCCCUGCGGGAUUUGACACCAAAUGUGGAGGAAUGUCCCCACCAAAAAAAUCCAUUGAGAAAGAGUGACCAGUCCCAUCAGGACCUACUUGCCCUACAUGGAAGGCCACCAAAGUCCCACAGGAUCUGAGGAAAGAGGGAGAUAGAAAGGCCUAUAUUGGGCCAGACACUAAUACAUUUUCCCCAGACUGUGUCAGUGAGAGUGUGGUGUAGAGUGAGCUUAAAUAGAGCUAAUCCCCUACAGAGCUAAUUGCCCCAAAUAGUUGCUGACUUUACCCCUACGGGAGAGUCCACCUCUCCUAUUCUUGCAGGGUUAGGAUUCCCACGUACAGAGAAGGAACAGAAUUGUUCUGAUUCAGUUGGAGGGCUUUUCUUAGGUUUUUGUGAGCACAGUCCAGGUCAAAUGCCCCCCCCCUUACUUUGAAUUAUGCCAAACUGUGGAGAUGCUCUCUGCAAACAUAUUUUUCUCCAGCUUUGCACCUGCCCCUUGAAUCAAACGAAGACUCUGGGAAGUUGCAGCGGCAAAACUUCCACCAUUUGCAAUUAUGAAAAUCAUAGUGAUUGCUUCUUCUGAAAGCUCAAGAGAUGUUCCUGGAGAUUGCCUAAACAUCAGAACCAAUAAAAGCAUGGUGUUAUUCAUUGCACAGUUUCUGGAAAGAAAAGUUGGUGCAAAUCAUAUUUCUCAUGUCAGAGGCAGGCUGAGUCAAGAUUUAGAGCAGGUGAAAGGUUGGGGGAGUGGAUAUAUAUUUGCAUGGCAUUUAAAGGCUCCAAAGCCAUUGCUGAAAACCAGCCAGAUUGGGACAGUGCAGGACACAGAGGCAGAAUGAGAUCCCUGCUGAUUCUCUUGCUGAUUCUCCUGCUAAUGCCCCAUGGAGUCAGUGGCAACCUGAAGGCAAAAUGUACCUUGAAACUGGUCAGGGAUCAAUCUGAAGCACCCAGUUAUUACCGGCCUGGAGAUUUUAUGAUCAGUGGGAUCGUAUCUCCAACAUCUAUUGAUCAACAACAUCCAUAUGUCUUUUCCGAGACCCCCUUCACAAGGAUUAAGCCGUGAGUAAUUUUACUACUACCAAGGGAAUGGUUCUUGUUUACCAGGAAAAUGGCCUGUGGCUCUUCAGAGGCUGCUGGACUAUUUCCAAGGUGCCAGCAAUUUAUUAAUCUUAUUAGGACAAAUAAAUUACAAUAAUUUUGAGGAAUGCAAUAGUAGACCAAUGAUAGAUUCUGUAAAAAUCCCUCUUAGCUAAAUAUAUUCUUCUCCAUUCCAGCCCCAUUUCCCCUUUGUGUCAUGUAUUUUUCAAUUACAGUGGUACCUUGGGUUAAGUACUUAAUUCGUUCCGGAGGUCUGUUCUUAACCUUAAACUGUUCUUAACCUGAAGCACCACUUUAGCUAAUGGGGUGUCCUGCUGCUGCUGUGCCACCGGAGCACAAUUUCUGUUCUCAUCCUGAAGCAAAGUUCUUAACCUGAGGUAAUAUUUCUGGGUUAGCGGAGUCUGUAACCUGAAGCGUAUGUAACCUGAAGCGUAUGUAACCCGAGGUACCACUGUAUAAGGUUUAGGACAGAAUUCUCUUCUUGCCAAAGAGCAGGGAAACCAUGCUUUAAAUGAAACAAUCUAGUCCUGGGGAUCUUCCUCAGUAGAGGAGUCUCCAAACUAUGAACUGUUCAAAUUUAUCACACAGGUUUCAUUCCUAAAUAAAUAUGUAUUGAUGAGCUUGGUGAUUCUUCAUCUGCACUCAAAUUGCACCAAAGUGCCAGUCCUUUUUAAAGAACACUUGAGUAAUUUUUCACACACUCACUUUGAAGUAGCCAAGGCCACUGAAAGAACAGCAGCCCUCACAUCAAUUUCCUAGUAUUUCAUGAACUUUUAAAUUGAUUAAUUUUUUGCAGGUGGAUAUUUAAGUCCUACUGGUACGUCUUGUCCUUCUUGUUCACCAUCCAGGAGAUCAACCAGGAUCCCAGGCUCUUACCCAACAUCACCCUGGGCUACAACCUCUAUGAUAACUAUUUGGAUGAGAGGAUGACUACUGCUGCCAUGCUAGACUUGCUUGGAGGCGGGAAUAGCAAUGUCCCAAACUAUAUCUGUGGAAGACAGAAUAACCUGCUGGCUGUUCUUGAAGGGGCCGAUUCUGUCAUCUCAAAAGAGAUUUCAGCCAUGUCAGCCAUCUACAAAAUCCCACAGGUAUGAAGGGAGGACAAGGGGAGAUGGAAGAUAUUUGUCCUUUCAGCUUAAUAAAGAUGUUCCUUAUCAUGAAGGUACAGCAAAAUACUAAUCUCUUCUUUCUCUGACUAGAUCAGCUAUGGUUUCACUAGGCAAGUUCUUGAAGUUGAAACCCAGUCCCCUUUUGUUUAUCGGAUGGUCCCCAAGGAAGAAGCUCAGUACCCAGGGAUUGUCAUGUUGCUCUUGCAUUUUGGAUGGACGUGGGUUGGCCUCUUCGCUCCGGAUGAUGACAGUGGAGAAAGGUUUGUGCGCACCUUGGUGCCUCUGAUGAUCAGCAAAGGGAUUUGUGUUGCUUUGUCAAAAAAAGUAACUCAGAUAGAUCUAUAUGACAUGCUUUCCCCAAGCGAACCAUUUUUCAUCUGGAGACAAGUCAGCGUAUUUGUUUACUAUGUACCUGCUUACAUGAGAUUGGGACUAAUCGUUGCACUACAGGUGCGACAUGGGAAACAAAUUGGGCCCAAAGUCUGGAUCACAACCCCUUUUCAAGACAUGAACUUGAACUUGUCUAUUCAUCCUGAUGCCUUUCAGCAUAUCCAUGGAUCUUUGUCUUUUGUAAUGAAGUUCAAGAUAAGAAAGACACAUCAAAACUACAAACCAGAUUCCUACCUCCUUAGGCAGUUUUGGAAGGAAGCAUUUCAUUGUUUAUAUUCAAAGCAUGUGUUGGCCGCGAAAGGUCGGGCAAGAUGCACAGAGAAGCAGAAACUGGAAAAACUGCCUCAAGAGGAGCUGGAGAGAGCCGUGUCUCAGGACAGCUCCACCACUUUCUUUAGUGUUCAAACUGUGGCACAUGCCUUAAAUGUUGCACAUUCAUCUAGAUCAAAGCUGAUGGCGCUGGUGGGUGAAAGAGACAAAAGGCUAGAGCCAUGGCAGGUAUUUCCUCCACCUUUCUGCAAAUGGUAACCCCUUGUCCCAAAUUUAGCAGUGAGCAAAAAUGUUUCCUAUCAGGAUUCUAGAUUAUGUGGCAACCAUUAUGAGGGCUCCCUUCAGAUGUUUGUGCAAGGAAGAGGAGCUACUCAGUAUAGUCAAAUGUCCAACUCAUGUGCUGAUAUUGAAAGUGGCUCACACCUGUGAAAGUCUUCUCUGCAGUGGCCCCCGUACUGUGGAAUAAUAUUCACUUGAGAUAAAUUGGACAACUGUGGCAAUGGCAUUAUGUCAGCUGGCUAAAAUAUACGACAUUCCCAAUGACUUGUUUUUAGAACUGCCUCUGUUGGGCUUUCUGGAUAUCUGUUGUGUUUUUUAUACUUCGUUGGAAAGCACUCAGAGUGGCUGGGGUACAAGUAAUAAAUUGUUGGUUUUGUUGUUAAUGGUCUUUGCUUGAAUUAACAGUUUUAUCAGUAGAAUAGAAUGGAUAUGAUUUGUGGCUGACAUUAGAUGUGCACCGGCCCUAAAUAAUAACAGCUGUUGUAGAAUUAAAAAACAGCAACACCUCAUUCACCAAAAGCUCUUUUAUUUUGAGAGCUCAGGAGUUCAUUUACUUGCGUGAGAGUCAAGAUGGUCUCUGAGCUCAUACAGUACAAGAAUAUGCAUGUAAAAUUUCAACACGCACAUGUAAACUUCCCCAAUUUUGCAGUGGAAAAGUACAAGUUAGUUUUGACAUGCAGCAGCAGGUCUAAAUAAAAUUAUUUGCACUUUAGUGUUAGUUUGCAAGGAACCAACUUGCAGUUACACGUGAAGGCAUAACAUUAGGAAACUUUUGUUCCAAAGCUUGCAGACAGCUGCACCCUUAGUUCAGGCCAACUUGCUUUUCAUUUUAACUGUGGCAGAGUUCAUAACUUUAAAUCAUGGGUAGGCAAACUAAGGCCUGGGGGCCGAAUCCGGCCCAAUCACCUUCUAAAUCCGGCCCGCGGACAGUCCAGGAAUCAGUGUGCUUUUACAUGAGUAGAAUGUGUGCUUUUAUUUAAAAUGCAUCUUUGGGUUAUUUGUGGGGCAUACAAAUUCAUUCAUUCCCCCCCCCCAAAAAAAAUAUAGUCCGGCCCCCCACAAGGUCUGAGAGACAGUGGACCAGCCCCCUGCUGAAAACGUUUGCUGACCCCUGCUUUAAAUUCUGAACCAAACUUACUGAUUUAUCUGACAAAGCUGAAAGCAAGCAGGACUGAGAUAUCCAACACACUUUCGUAUUUUCUUAUUGCUGGUGUUUUUUCACUGUUAUUGCAGCUUCACCCUUUCCUAAGAGAAGUCCAAAGCUCAAACACUUCCAUGGGCAGACUGUGUUUGGAUGAGAAUGGGGAGCAGGCAGGCAACUAUGACAUUGAGAACUGGGUGAUGUUUCCCAAUGCGUCUAGCACUCGAGUGAAAAUUGGGAGUGUUGAGAGAGAGGCGUCCACUGGCAUAAAAUUCACCAUAAACCCCGGAGCCAUUGAGUGGCCCAAACAGUUCAACAAGGUAGUGAACGUAACAGAGUGGAAAGUUAGGAAGGUUCAUGCUCUUCUUUCGCACAACUGUUACAAAACAGCCUUGUAAGGUGGACCAAUUGGACCAAUUGUAUCUUAACUACCCAGCAAUAGUUGCCUCUACCAAUCCCUCUUGCCACAGCCCAGAUGGCAGGGGAACCCAAGAUAUUCAAAGAAAUCCUAGAGUUUGGGGAUCCUGAGAAAACACAUCCUGUGUUUAUCAGUUCACAUGAGGUGUAAUAAUAAUAAUAAUAAUAAUAAUAAUAAUAAUAAUAAUUUAUUAUUUAUACCCCGCCCAUCCGGCUGGGUUUCCCCAGCCACUCCGGGCAGCUUGAAACAGAAUACUAAAAUACAAUAACCUAUUAAACAUUAAAAGCUUCCCUAAACAGGGCUGUCUUCAGAUGUCUUCUAAAAGUUUGGUAUUUAUUUUUCUCUUUCACAUCUGGUGGGAGGGCGUUCCACAGGGCGGGUGCCACUACCGAGAAGGCCCUCCACCUGGUUCCCUGUAACUUGGCUUCUCGCAGCGAGGGAACCGCCAGAAGGCCCUCGACACUGGACCUCAGUGUCUGGGCGGAAUGAUGGGGGUGGAGACGCUCCUUCAGGUAUACUGGGCCGAGGCCGUUUAGGGCUUAAACGUCAGCACCAACACUUUGAAUUGUGUUCGGAAACGUACUGGGAGCCAGUGAAGGUCUUUCAAGACCAGUGUUAUAUAGUCUCAGCGGCCGCUCCCAGUCACCAGUCUAGCUGCCGCAUUCUGGAUUAGUUGCAGUAGUCCAAGCGAGAGAUAACUAGAGCAUGCACCACUCUGAUGAGACAGUCUGCGGCCUGCAGGACCCAGCUCUCUCUCCCAGAGAUCAGAGUAGCUGGCUUGUCUCCAUCUUCUUUUUGUUAUGUUCUGUCUUCUGCCUUGAGCCUACAUUUGUAUUAAAAGGUGGAAUAAAAAUGCUGAAACAAGCAAGCAGGUACACCACAGUGGUAUACCUCUGAUGCUGUUUUGCAUUAAAAGUGCUUCCUUGAUAAAAAGAAGAAGUGGGUGUGGUCAGUGGGUCCUUUCCAGACUAUGAAUGAAUUCCAUACACAAAUGCUUCCAGCACUUUCCCUUUGGUGUACCUUCUUCUCUUUAUGCUUAGACUGUGCCUCGCUCCAGGUGUACCAAAAGCUGUCAGCCUGGAUACGCCAAGGUGGUUCAGGAAGGAGAGCCGGUUUGCUGCUAUGCUUGUGCUCCGUGUACGGAAGGGACGAUCUCCUCUCAGGAAGGUGGGUGACUUCAAGGGUGUUCCUUGAGAUGAUAGAAACAGGGUGGAGAAUCACUCUGAGAAAGCUUGUGUUCCACAUAUAUCUCUGGAGGACAAGCAGUUACAAGUGAAAAUGUUUUUUUAAAAGGAAAAAAUUUUUUGCCACUCUUUCCCUAUUACACAAACUUAUUUCCUGACCUUUCCCACAUCAGCAUCUCUCCCCCCCCAAAGGUAGUACAGUGGUACCUCAGGUUAAGAACUUAAUUCGUUCUGGAGGUCUGUUCUUAACCUGAAACUGUUCUUAAGCUGAGGUACCACUUUAGCUAAUGGGGCCUCCUGCUGCUGUCACGCCGUGUGAUUUCUGUUCUCAUCCUGAAGCAAAGUUCUUAACCCGAGGUACUACCGUAUUUCUGGGUUAGCGGUGUCUGUAACCUGAAGCGUCUGUAACCUGAAGCGUCUGUAACCCGAGGUACACUGCAGAACACAGAUGGUUAUGGAUGGUUUUUCUCCUCCGCAGAUGCAGAACUUUGCACCAAAUGCCAAGAAGAUCAACAUCCGAACAAAGGCCAUGAUCAAUGUAUCCCUAAGAAUAUCUCUUUCCUGGCUUAUGAAGAACAGUUGGGGAUCAUCUUAGUUUCCACUGCCCUGUUCUUAUCUUUAACAACAGGCAUUGUGUUUGGAAUUUUCAUUAAAUACAAGGAAACUCCCCUAGUCAAAGCCAACAACAGGGACCUCUCCUACAUCCUCCUCAUCUCCCUACUACUCUCCUUUUUGUCCUCCUUCCUCUUCAUUGGCCAGCCAAGGAAAGCAACCUGCCUUCUCCAACAAAUGGCCUUCAGCAUCAUCUUCUCUAUUGCUAUUUCUUCUGUCUUGGCAAAAACCAUCACUGUGGUUCUGGCCUUCCUGGCCACCAAGCCAGGGAACAGGAUGAGGAGAUGGCUGGGGAAGGGUCUGGCCAACAACAUAGUCAUUUCCUGUUCGAGUGUCCAAGUUCUCAUCUGCAUCCUAUGGCUGGGACUGUCUCCCCCAUUCCCUGACUCUGAUAUGCACUCCCAGCCUGGGGAGAUCAUCCUGCAAUGCAACGAAGGGUCUACCGCCAUGUUCUAUGGUGCCCUUGGCUACAUGGGCUUCUUGGCUGCCAUCUGCUUCACAGUGGCUUUCCUGGCCAGGAAGCUGCCUGGGGCCUUCAAUGAAGCCAAGCUGAUCACCUUCAGCAUGCUGGUCUUCUGCAGUGUUUGGGUGUCCUUUGUUCCCACCUACCUGAGCACCAAGGGGAAAUACAUGGUAGCCGUGCAGAUCUUCUCUAUGUUGGCCUCCAGUGCUGGGCUUCUGGGAUGUAUCUUCAUCCCCAAAUGCUAUAUUAUCAUGCUGAGGUCUGAUCUGAAUACAAAGGAGCACCUGGUAACAAAAACUUAGGAUAGCUUCUGUUAGGAUUGUAACAAUCCUGUGUUAUGCUAAUUAUGAUCCUGGAGUGUUGUGUUUCAUCAUUGGACUUUUUGGGGUAAAAUUGGGGAUUUUUGAGUAAGUUUGUUUCAUUUGGAGCUGGGAUUUCUGGAUUAACCCUGAGCCUCUGAAAAUGCAGUUCUUUCUCUUAGUGACUGUUAGCUGCCUGAGAGUCACAGCCCCUUAUCUGGCCCAUAAUCCCUUGUUAUAUGUUGAAGGCUGUGUGUGGCAGUAUUAUUUAUACCCACAUGAAUAAGAAGGAACAUCUUUCAGCUGUCCCUGUCAUGGCGUUCCAUCUUCUGACUGAGUUCUUGAAAGUUAAAGCAACCCUACCCUGAGAUCGGCUUAGUGUAGACACUGCUUUCACUUUCAGGUACUGCAGUUGGUCAGUCUUUUGUGGUUAUUGCUCUUUGCCUUCUGUGUGGUCCUGGAUCUCAUCUAGCCAUUUCAGUUUAUGUGUGUGUGUCAGUGACUUGGUGGCAGGGGUGGAGCUACCGGCACCGGCACCUGAAGCGGCGCAGGGUCAGGGCUAGCCACCCGCAUAGCAAGCAUUCCUAGCUGCCCGCCGCCCGUGCGGAGAGUGCGGGGGUGCGUCGCUAGCCACCCAUGUGGAGAACGUUGGGAGGGGCACCACUAGCCGCCCGUGGCAGCACUGUCCCUAGCAGCCUGCCGCUGGUGCAGCGAGCAUGGGUUGGGGUUGGUGGUGGCAUGGCGAUGUCACCCGCCCUCACCACUGACACCCGGUGUGCACCACACCCCCAAAACCUGCCUUCCUCCGCCAGUGCUUGGUGGUAAAGUAUCAAUCCUAAAUUAACCCUAGCUGUCUGUGGCGAUCACACAGGGUCCCCGGACGCUUCACCGUCUAUUGAUCCCUGUGCCACCACUUUAUUUCUCGCUGCCACCACCCAGGCCCUACCUGGUACAAUACUGAGUCCAAUCAGGGUUAAAUUGGAACAUAAACUUCUGUUUAUUUAUUGCAGUUUAACAAGCAUGCGGUUUCAUAAACGGUAUCAGUCCAUUACAAUCAUGGGGUGCCUAUCCAGACUUAUAACUUCUGCUACCUGCUCUCACUCACUAAACCACCUCUCAGAUAUUUACUUGUCUGCCUAGCCCCUAACUGUUCCUGACUCAGCCUAUUUCACUACACUAACUCAACCUCCCCACAGACUCUCUCCCAAUUCACUCCCACUCCAACCAACCACCCAACUCCCAACAAACUCCUCUCUUCGCCCCUCCCAGAGCUGGUUUUAUAGUCCCUCUGACUCCACCCCCCCGGGUUCUGAUUGGGUAACUUGCUUAACUAUUUCACCUCCAGCACUCUCAUAUGUUAAUGUCACACUGACACCGCCUGCGCGCGGCAGCAUCAUCCCUAGCAGCCCGCUGCCCAUGCAGCGAGCAUGGGGUGGGGUUAGUGGUGGCGUGGCAAUGUCACCCACCCUCAGCGCUGACACCCGGUGUGAACCGCACCCCCUGCACUCACCUUCCUCCGCCAGUGCUUGGUGGUAAACUAUCAAUCCUAAAUUAACCUUUAUAGAUUUCUCUGUGUGUACACAACUAAACGUCCCUAAAUUCUCAAAUAAACUUUGAUAUAUUUAUUGGGUAACAGGAUCUUUGUAUUGCUGCUCUUUUACGGUCUUAAGAAACCUAUGUUAAUAAACUGUA